UGCUCUCUUCUCGCGAGAACUGCUCCUCCCAUCCUCUCCUCUCACGAAGCCCCGCCCACGAAGAGGUUCCAUAUUGGGUAAAAUCUCGGCUCUCGGAGAGUCCCGGGAGCUGUUCUCGCGAGAGUACUGCGGGAGGCUCCUGUUUGCUGGCUGUGGAACCGCGACCACUGGAGCCUCAGCGGGCGCAGCAGCUGGAGCGGGAGUACUGCGACGCAGCUCGGAGUCGGCCUUGUAGGGACGAAGGUGCAGGGAGAUCGCGGCGGGCGCAGCCUUGAGCGCCGGAGCGCGUCCCUGCCCUUAGCGGGGCUUGCCUCAGUCGCAGGGGCGCAUCCAGCCGCGGCGGCUGACAGCAGCCGCGCGCGCGGGAGUCUGCGGGGUCGCGACAGCCGCACCUGCGCGGGCGACCAGCGCAAGGUCCCCGCCCGGCUGGGCGGGCAGCAAAGGGCCGGGGAGAGGGUGCGGGGGCAGGCGGGGGCCCCAUAGGGCCACCUUCUUGCCCGGCGACUGCCGCUGGAAAAUGUCUCAGGAGAGGCCCACGUUCUACCGGCAGGAGCUGAACAAGACAAUCUGGGAGGUGCCCGAGCGUUACCAGAACCUGUCUCCAGUGGGCUCCGGCGCCUAUGGCUCUGUGUGUGCUGCUUUUGACACAAAAACAGGGUUACGUGUGGCAGUGAAGAAGCUCUCCAGACCAUUUCAGUCCAUCAUUCAUGCCAAAAGAACCUACAGAGAACUGCGGUUACUUAAACAUAUGAAACAUGAAAAUGUUAUUGGUCUGUUGGACGUUUUUACACCUGCAAGGUCUCUGGAGGAAUUCAAUGAUGUGUAUCUGGUGACCCAUCUCAUGGGGGCAGAUCUGAACAACAUUGUGAAAUGUCAGAAGCUUACAGAUGACCAUGUUCAGUUCCUUAUCUACCAAAUUCUCCGAGGUCUAAAGUAUAUACAUUCAGCUGACAUCAUUCACAGGGACCUAAAACCUAGUAAUCUAGCUGUGAAUGAAGACUGUGAGCUGAAGAUUCUGGAUUUUGGACUGGCUCGGCACACAGAUGAUGAAAUGACAGGCUACGUGGCCACUAGGUGGUACAGGGCUCCUGAGAUCAUGCUGAACUGGAUGCAUUACAACCAGACAGUUGAUAUUUGGUCAGUGGGAUGCAUAAUGGCCGAGCUGUUGACUGGAAGAACAUUGUUUCCUGGCACAGACCAUAUUGAUCAGUUGAAGCUCAUUUUAAGACUCGUUGGAACCCCAGGGGCUGAGCUUUUGAAGAAAAUCUCCUCAGAGUCUGCAAGAAACUAUAUUCAGUCUUUGACUCAGAUGCCGAAGAUGAACUUUGCGAAUGUAUUUAUUGGUGCCAAUCCCCUGGCUGUCGACUUGCUGGAGAAGAUGCUUGUAUUGGACUCAGAUAAGAGAAUUACAGCAGCCCAAGCCCUUGCACAUGCCUACUUUGCUCAGUACCACGAUCCUGAUGAUGAACCAGUGGCCGAUCCUUAUGAUCAGUCCUUUGAAAGCAGGGACCUCCUUAUAGAUGAGUGGAAAAGCCUGACCUAUGAUGAAGUCGUCAGCUUUGUGCCACCGCCCCUCGACCAAGAAGAGAUGGAGUCCUGAGCACCUGGUUUCUGUUCUGUCGAUCCCACUUCACUGUGAGGGGAAGGCCUUUUCAUGGGAACUCUCCAAAUAUCAUUCAAGUGCCUCUUGUUGCAGAGAUUUCCUCCAUGGUGGAAGGGGGUGUGUGUGCGUGUUAGUGUGUGUGCAUGUGUGUGUCUGUCUUUGUGGGAAGGUAAGACAAUAUGAACAAACUAUGAUCACAGUGACUUUACAUGAGGUUGUGGAUGCUCCGGGGCAGCCUCCACCUUGCUCUUCUUUCUGAGAGUCGGCUCAGGCAGGCAAGCUUCUGUCUUUUUAGGAAUAUGUUCAAUGCAAAGUAAAAAAAUAUGAAUUGUCCCCAAUCCUGGUCAUACUUUUGCCAUUUUGGCUUCUCCUGUGACCCCCACCUUGACGGUAGGGCAUAGACUUGACAACAUCCCACAGUGGCACAAGAGAAGGCCCACACCUUCUGGUUGCUUCAGACCCGACGCUGUCCCUUAGUGAUGCGUACAGCCAAAAAGGACCAGCCGGCUUCUGUGCACUAGCCUGUGAUUAACUUGCUUCGUAUGGUUCUCAGAUCUUGACAGGUGUAUUUGAAACUGUAAAUAUGUUUGUGCCUUAAAAGGAGAGAAGAAAGUGUAGAUAGUUAAAAGACUGCAGCUGCUGAAGUUCUGAGCCGGGCAAGUCGAGAGGGUUGUUGGACGGCUGCUUGUGGGCCCGGAGUAACCAGGUAGCCUUCAGAGGCGGUCAUGUGUGCAUGUGAGUGCAUGCGUAUAUGUGCGUCUCUCUCUCUCCCUCACCCCCAGGUGUUGCCAUUUCUCUGCUUACCCUUCACCUUUGGUGCAGAGGUUUCUUGAAUAUCUGCCCCAGUAGUCAGAAGCAGGUUCUUGAUGUCAUGUACUUCCUGUGUACUCUAUUUCUAGCAGAGUGAGGAUGUGUUUGCAUGUCUUGCUAUUUGAGCAUGCACAGCUGCUUGUCCUGCUCUCUUCAGGAGGCCCUGGUGUCAGGCAGGUUUGCCAGUGAAGACUUCUUGGGUAGUUUAGAUCCCAUGUCACCUCAGCUGAUAUUAUGGCAAGUGACAUCAUCCUCUCUUCAGCCCCUAGUGCUAUUCUGUGUUGAACACAAUUGAUACUUCAGGUGCUUUUGAUGUGAAAAUCAUGAAAAGAGGAACAGAUGGAUGUAUAGCAUUUUCAUUCAUGCCAUCUGUUUUCAACCAACUAUUUUUGAGGAGUUAUCAUGGGAGAAGAUCAGGGCUUUUCCCAGAAAUAUCCCAAACUUCAGAAACAAGUUAUUCUCUUCACUCCCAAUAACUAAUGCUAAGAAAUGCUGAAAAUCAAAGUAAAAAAGUAAAGCCCAUAAGGCCAGAAAACUGCUGUCUUUCUCUAAAUAUGAUUACUUUAAAAUAAAACAGUAACAAGGUGUCUUUUCCACUCCUCUAUGGAAAAGGGUCUUCUUGGCAGCUUAUCAUUGACUUCUUGGUUUGGGGAGAAAUAAAUUUUGUUUCAGAAUUUUGUAUAUUGCAGGAAUCCUUUGAGAAUGUGAUUCCUUUUGAUGGGGAGAAAGGGCAAAUUAUUUUAAUAUUUUGUAUUUUCAACUUUAUAAAGAUAAAAUAUCCUCAGGGGUGGAGAAGAGUUGUUUUCAUAAUUUGCUGAAUUUCAGGCAUUUUGUUCUACAUGAGGACUCAUAUAUUUAAGCCUUUUGUGUAAUAAGAAAGUAUAAAGUCACUUCCAGUGUUGGCUGUGUGACAGAAUCUUGUAUUUGGGCCAAGGUGUUUCCAUUUCUCAAUCAGCGCAGCGAUAAACAUGCUCCAGAGGGACUGGGUGGACCCCCGAGUCAACUGGAGCAAGAAGGAAGGAGACAGACUGAUGUUGAUUCCCUCUCAGCCGGGACUCUCCCCCUUUCAAGGAGAGUGAACGUAAAGGCCUCAUCUCCUUUAUUGCAGUUCAAAUCCUCACCAUCCACAGCAAGAUGAAUUUUAUCAGCCAUGUUUUGGUUGUAAAUGCUAGUGUGAUUUCCUACAGAAAUACUGCUCUGAAUAUUUUGUAAUAAAGGUCUUUGCACAUGUGACCACAUACGUGUUAGGAGGCUGCAUGCUCCGGAAGCCUGGACUCUUAAGCUGGAGCUCUCGAAAGAGCUCUUCGGUUUCUGAGCAUAAUGCUCCCAUCUCCUGAUUUCUCUGAACAGAAAACAAAAGAGAGAAUGAGGGAAAUUGCUAUUUUAUUUGUAUCCAUGAACUUGGCUGUAAUCAGUUAUGCCAUAUAGGAUGUCAGACAAUACCACUGGUUAAAAUAAAGCCUAUUUUUCAAAUUCAGUGAGUUUCUCAAGUUUAUUAUAUUUUCCUCUUGUUUUUAUUUAAUGCACAAUAUGGCAUUAUAUCAAUAUCCUUUAAACUGUGACCUGGCAUACUUGUCUGACAGAUCUUAAUAUUACUCCUAACAUUUGGAAAAUGUUGAUAAAGCUCCUUAGUUGUACAUUUUUUGGUGAAGAGUAUCCGGGUCUUUGCUGUGGAUGGGUAAAGCAAGGAGCAAAUGACGAGGUAUUAAGCACUGGGGCCUGUCUUAUCUACACUUGAGGGUAAGAGUGGCCAAAAUGACAGGGCUCAGCAGACUGUGGCCUGAAGGCCAAAUCUGGCCCACCAACCGUUUGGUGUAGUCUGCUAAGAAUGGCUUUUACAUUUUUAAAUGGUUGGGAAAGAAAAACAAAAAGAAGUAGUAGUUUUUUAGCAGGUAAAAAGUAAUGUAAAACUUAAAUUCCAGUAUCCAUAAAUAAAGUUUUAUGAGAAUA